AUGGCUCAAUACGAGAUCGCCGUACGACGUAGUCGGCGCUCAGAUUCUCCAGCCGAUCUAGACGAGCUGGACUCACCCUCGCACAAGAGACCCCGCAAGGGGGAGUUGGACGCUGCGUGUGACUUGUGCGCCCUAAUGUUCUCGGAACAGGGCCUGAGGAGGCUUAAUUCCCGGGAUGGGUUCACUCACCACACACACGAUGAGUGCGUUACUUCGAAAGAUGGGAACUGCAUCCUCUGCGAACUCAUUCUUGAACUUGCGUCAGGGACGCAUGGCGAUGUCUGGGGAUCGGGUGAUCCUAUGGUCUUUCGGAACCGUAGCUCGGUAGCCGGGUUGCCAACAUCCGAUAUAGACGUACUUCAGGGAAGCCUUGAAGGUAGACCUGAUGUGAUAAACAUUUACCCAUUUUCCAAAGCUUCCGACCCGGCCGGGACCUUGGUACGUCGAAGACCGCUGCGUCGAAAUGUCCAGAGUAGUUCAGUAUUCUCUGCAGCCAAGAAACUCAUCAGUUCUUGCAUGGGAUCAAAUGGGGCUCAGAAUAAGGGACACCAGCAAUGUCGCUACUCUCGAGAUACCGUGCUGCCCACUCGUGUUCUGGAUCUUGGAGACCCGAAGACUCCUUCUCAGACUCUUUGUCUGCAGGUCAAUGAAACGGAAACACACGGUUCUUACCUUGCUUUGAGCUACUGCUGGGGCAAACCGGACUUUAAAGCAGAAAUCCAACCUGUCCGCCUACAAAAAGAUAAUAUCCAGCAGCUCAUGCGCGAGAUCAAGCUUGAAAGUUUACCACAGUCCAUCCAAGACGCGAUCACCGUCACCCGCAAGCUUGGCUUUAGGUACCUAUGGGUGGAUGCUCUUUGUAUUAUCCAGGACUAUGGAGAGGACAAAGCACAUGAGAUUUCCAAAAUGUCGACCAUCUAUAAGAAUGCCGCUAUCACAGUGGCCGCUAGCGUGGCAGAGAAGGCAUCGCAAGGGUUUCUCCAAAGCCAGGGUAGGAGGGCCACGUAUCUCCCUGAAUGCAUGCUCACUAUCCCAAUGGCAAACGAGAGAACUGGGACCAUUUACCUAUCCGCAUAUGAGUAUGAACCUGACCAUCCACUCGACAAACGGGGCUGGGCGCUCCAAGAGUUCAUGCUCUCGUCUCGCAUGCUGAUCUUCUCUAACUACGAGCUCCUCUGGCAGUGCAAGGAAGUCCCUCUACAGAGCGUUACGGGAACACAGGGCGGUCUGGAGUAUCUUCAGCCGCUCGAAUCCUUGCCAUGGGCUGUGUUUGAUGACGAUGCAGAGCCCUAUUUUGGGUCCCUUGAUGCUGACAAGAUAUAUCUCUGGAAGACAAUCAUCCGCCAGUACACCGAUAGGGACUUGACAGACAAGGAGGAUCGACUAAGGGCAGUGAUGGGCAUAAUUACCGAAUUGGAGAUGCUAUGGCGCGAUCAAAACAUCCACGGGCAUUGGAGCAGGUGGUUCGUUCAGCUGUUGAUAUGGUACAAGCCCGAUAUUGACAGAGUGAAGAAGCGGCACCUUAAGCGGGCUCCAAGUUGGUCCUGGGCCUCGGUUGAUGGCGGCAUAUACUACGAGGAGCCCUUGACAGUUGAGGAUGCCAAGGUUAAGACAUUGACAAUGUCGAAAGUGGUACUUUGCUGUCGAAUUCUGAGUUCUGAUAAAGUUGAACCGGACAAGGCAGAUACAGUGCAAGAGAGGCCUGAUUUUGUAGACUCCGCCGCCAGGAAAGAGUUUGGCGACAACGAUUGCGACUAUAUGCUCCUCGGCAAGACGCAGAAAAAGAAUGGCCAUGGAAGGGGAAUGGGAUUGCUUGUCUUGAAAACGGCUCGGCAGCAGUAUCGGAGAGUUGGCUUGGUGACUUUCAAAGACAUGAGCAUUUGGCAAGGUAUUGAGCUACAGGAAAUUACCUUUGAAUAG